UCCUCUCCUGUUCUCCAGCAUGGUGUCUCUGUAUUUCUCCGGAGGCUCCUGGAUGGCAGCUCUGACAGUGAUACUGAUGGUGCUGAGCCCGCCCCUUGCUUGGGCCAGGGAGACCCAAUAUCUCUUUUUUAUUUUAAGGGGCGAGUGUCGUUUCUCUAAUGAGACAGAGAGGGUGCGGCUAGUGGUCAGACACAUCUAUAACCGGGAGGAGUUCGCGCGCUUCGACAGCGACGUGGGCGAGUACCGGGCAGUGAGCGAGCUGGGCCGGCCGGACGCCGAGUACUGGAACAGCCAGAAGGACCUCCUGGAGCAGACACGGGCCGAGCUGGACACGGUGUGCAGACACAACUACGGGGUUGUGGAGAGCUUCACGGUGCAGCGGCGAGUGGCGCCUACAGUGACUGUGUAUCCUGCAAAGACACAGCCCCUGCAGCACCACAACCUCCUGGUCUGCUCUGUGAAUGGUUUCUAUCCAGGCCACAUUGAAGUCAGGUGGUUCUGGAACGGCCAGGAAGAGGAGACUGGGGUGGUGUCCCCAGGCCUGAUCCCUAAUGGGGACUGGACCUUCCAGACCAUGGUGAUGCUUGAAACAGUCCCUCAGAGUGGAGAGGUCUACACCUGCCAUGUGGAGCACCCCAGCCGGACGAGCCCUCUCACAGCGGAAUGGAGGGCACAGUCUGAAUUUGCUUAG